GGAAGAUGCCCCGGGAGCCGCAGGCAGACAAGGAGCUGAGGAUGGAGACCAGGGAGAUCAAAUGUACGUGGCAGAACCUUGUGGAAGAGGCCAUUUUGAGCAGCUCCACGGCACAAGAAUCCAAAAGAGAUCCAGGGAUUGCAGACAUGAGGAGGGUCUGCAAAUGCAGUUCACAGGGAUCUAAGGAGGAAAGACCCACCCUGGACCACAGAUGCAACCAGAGCUCAGAGAUGGGGUCCAUGAGCAACUUCACCAUGGGGAGAAGCCCCAGAAUUGCUCAAAAUGUGGGACAAGCUCCCACAUGAUGCACCACAUGACAAUCCACACAGGGGGUUGGACCAAUGAGUGUGGAGAGAGCUUCAGGUCGAGCUCUGACUUGAUUGUCCACCUGAGGAGCCAGAUUGGGGAGAGACCUUGUGAGUGUCCUGAGUGCAAGAAGAACUUCUCACAGAGCUCAGCCUUGACCAAACACCAAUGGAGGCACCCAAAAGGGGAGCCCUGCCAGUGCCCUGAGUGCAGGAAGAGUUUUGUGCGCUGCUCCAUCUCCAUCCCCCAUCGGGGAAUCUGUGCUGUGACACCUGGUGGGCAGAGCCCCAGUGAUCCGUGUUGGGAAGACACCUAGCUGGGGGGCUCCACAUCUUCCUGGCUCCCCCUGGGCACAUCAAGAGACCAAUGUCAGAAAUCCAUCAUGGAGAGCAGAUUUGUCAACUUCUGACCCCAGAAAAAUCUCAGUCUUUGCUUCUUCUGGUGGCAUCAAGCAACACUGGUUUGCUUUGGAGGUCUUCUCCAACAUAAAUCCAUCCUUUUAAUUCUCUCAGGCCCAUGGGCAUCUUCCAUAGCCAAAUGGGAACAGAGUGUGGCAAAACCCUCAAUUUUGGAAACAGUGGGGUUGAAAUCCCUCCAAAAUAGUUCUUCCCACCCACCCAAGCACUUGGUUGUUCAUCUGGCAGGGACACAUAAUUCCAUUUGUUUUGGUCUUUGUUUUCUUCUUGUUUCUGUUCAUUGUUGCUAUGGGCGAGGAUGCCACAACCUUCCCAGGGAAGCAUCUGUAAUGGAACACCCCUUGGGCACACAGGCAUGUGUGCCUUGCCCCAGUGAUUUCAGCUCUAGACUUGAAAACGGCUAUUUGGUGGCCACAGUUCCUCAGGGACUCUGAAGAAAGGGGCAGGAGUCCUUGUAUGGAGUUCCACAAGAAGCCUUUAUUCUCUUCCUCACAAAGGGGUCCAAGGACAAAGACUGACCCUGGGCUCUGGGAGAGCCAGGAUUAUAUAGGGAUAUAUAUAUAGGGAUGCUAGGGGGCAGGGUAGAACAACAGGGCCAAUGGUCUGAGGGCACAGGGGUAGAGCAAGGGGGAAGGGCAAAUAAGAUACAAAUUAUAUGCAUACAGGGGAAAGGCACGUUGGGGGUAACUUAACAACUCACCAUGACAAAAAAGCUCUCAACCAAGAGCCUCUCCCUGGGAGGUGUGUGGCUAACUCAAGCCUAUGGGCUCUCUCUCCAGGGCAGAGUGGCUACACUAUUAGUUGCCUUGCUGGCCUCCACAGUUUAUCCCUUCAAAAUCUCUGCAAUUGGGGUAAAAAUAGAGAUUUUCAACUAAGGUUUAAAUGAGAACAUGUGGGGGACAAUGACAUAGGUAUGGACAUGGAAAUAAAUAGGGAUGUGGCCAUGGAUGGGGACCUGGGGGGAAACAGAUAUGGGUAGAAUACGGAUAUGGGGGGAUGUGGAAAUGGAUGGGGGCUUUGGGGGGACAGUGACAUGAGUAGGGAGGGGCACGGACAUGGAUGGGGUCACAAACUGGGGCAGCAUCAAUGCCAUCACCUGCUCCACCCCAAGUGCCACCAGCACCUUCAUCUGAGCCAUAGCAAGCACUGCCUGAUGCAGUUCCUGCUACCAUUUCCCCACUGUCACCACCGCGGUGUCCCAGCUGAAUGUCACCACUCACCAGGGCGAGACGGGGAACUUGUUCAGCUGAUGACAAGUGUCCCAGAAGUGAGUGACAGCCACCAGGGUGUGCCAGGGCCACUGAGCUCAGGGGACCCCAACCACCCAUGGGGACAGGGCAAGAGUCAGUGUCACACGCAAGGUCACAUGGCCUGGUGGCAGUGUCCCCUGACAUGUCCUGGUGGCAGCGUCCCCAUAGAUAUGGCGACAUUGUCCCCUGAUGUGUGUCCUGGUGGCAUCAUGUUCCCUCCCCUCCCUGUGUCUCCCUGUCGUCCCCCUGUGCCUCUGUGUCCCUCCUCCUACGUCCUUGUACCCUGCCCCCAGUGGGGCCAAAGUCCCAGGCCAUGUCCUGCAGGAGGUCCCCCUGCUCCACAGUGUGUCUCUGUGUCCCACAGCGUGUCUCUGUGUCCUUCAAGGUGUCCCCGUGUCCCUCAGGAUGUUCCUGUGGCUACUCCUGGCACUGAGUGUCUGCGCUGGCCCCGGCACAGCUGUGUCCCCAGCUGUUCCCCCGCGCCACAUGGACUCGGUACUCGCCAUCCUGGACGUCCUCGAGUCCCCAGCCCAGGGGAGUUCCCCUGGCACUGCCACGGCCUUGGGGAGGCAGCUGGGAGUCUGCAGCACCCCGGGGUGCCGGGCAGUGCUGGGCGAGCCCGCCGGGACUCCCGAACGCCCUCCGGCUCUCACCCCGGGCCAGUGGCAGCUCCUGACCGAGCUCCUCCACCACGACCCCGCGACUCCGGAGCUGGGGGCGGUGCUGGCUCCUGACGGUUCUACGGUGGCCCUCGGUCCCCUCCUGGCCGGCAUCGAGGCGGGACUGAGAUCUGGCGGCUUUGGACGACCCCUCCCCACCCUCAACCCACCCACCGACCCCCUCUUGGCUGUCACCAUCGCUGAGGCUUUGGGGACAUCCUUCCUGCUGGCACAGGAGGGUGAUAACAACAGCACCACGUUGGGACCCGAUGGCUGCUGGGACGACGUGGAGAACCCCCAAAAUUACACCUUGAGGGGUCCCCUGUCCCCUGUCCCCGACCCCGUGGUCAUCGGGGCCAUGGAUGGGGUACUCCUGGGGGCGUGGCUGGCCCAGGGACCCCUCCCACUGGCUGAGCUGCUCCAGGGCUACUAUGGGACCGGGAAUGGCUCGGAAGAGAGGAGACCCCCCAGCAGUUACCGGCGCCGGGAUUUUGGAGCUCUAGCGGGACAGGGACGGCUGGAGAAGGAGGUGGCAGCAAUUUUGGGGGUGCUGAAGACCCUGUCGCCCAGCCUGGAGCUCCUGAGGGACGUGGGGACAAAGGAGGUGGCAGCUGUGGCUCGUAGGGCAGCACAGGAGUUCAUUGAGCGCUACGUGGGAUCUCAGCACCUCCACCCUAUUGUCCCUGCAGAGUGCCCAGCCAUCAUGCCCCGCUGCCUGUGGGACGCCCGUCCCUACCGGGGCACCCCAGCCCUGCUGCAGCCCCCCUUGGGCUUGGUGUUCCUGCACCACACCCUGGAGCCAGCACAGCCCUGCCGGACCUUCAGCGCUUGCGCCCAUGCCAUGAGGGACAUGCAGCGCUUCCACCAGGACAUUCGUGGCGGGGACGACAUUGGCUACAGGUCACUGUUACCCCUCUGGGGCAAUGGCACCCACCAUAGACUCUGGCACCCCUUGUGGGGUGGUCACUGUACCCCUUUGAGGUCUGUCACCCCCACUGGUUCCUGUCACUGCCUAUAGGCCAUGUAAUCCCCUGUGGUUCCCAUCAUCUCCUUCAGCCCCUGUCAGCCACCACAGUCCCUGUCACCUCCAUGGGCCCUGACAUUGUACCCCUGUGGGCACU